AUGUCUUCCUUCCAGCCACAAAUCGUCAAUGUCCGCUUUGAGCACCACCACGAUGGACUCGGCAUUGCCACCGGCAGUCCCCGGAUUUCCUGGUCCUUCUCUGCUGAUCCGGGGAAGGUCAUGGCCUGGGAACAGGGCUCUUACGAGAUCGAGACGGUUAUCCUGAGCAAUGGUCUGUCCGCGAAGGACCAAGAGAGCCGCACCGUCAGGGUCGACAGCACCGAUUCUCUUCUCGUGCCUUGGCCCUUGCGGCCCCUGCGGUCCUUUGAAGCUGCCAAAGUUCGUGUCCGCGUUUGCGGGAAAGUGAAAAGCAUGGAAUCUGGCAACACGGAGGUGGAAUGGUCCGAUUGGUCGCCAUCGGCGACUGUCGAAGCCGCCGUCUUGGACCAAGACAACUGGCAGGCCGCCUUGAUCGAGCCGCCGUCAGCUAUCCAGCUGCGUGCAGAGGAUGGAUCCAUGCGACCUUUGAGAUUUCGUAGCCAGCUUCUGAAGCUUCCCGCCGGCGUCACACGGGCCAGACUCUACAUGACAGCUCACGGCGUCUAUCAGGCAUACAUCAACGGCAAGCCCGUCGGCGACCAGCUCCUUGCUCCAGGCUGGACAAGCUACAAGAAUCGCCUGAACUAUGUCACAUUUUCGGUCACGGACUUACUACGAGAUGAGCCUGAGGCCCGCGUCGAAGUCGAAGUGGCCCCGGGAUGGCUAGGAUCUGCCCUAGGAUGGGCCGGCGGCAGGCGAUGCCGCUUCGGCAAUACGCUCGGCGUCUUCGGACAGCUGCGGGUAGACUUCCAGGGCCAGGAUGCCGGGCAAGCGUCUCAGAUCUGGAUUGCAGCAACGGACGAGACUUGGGAGUGCGCACCCAGUGCCAUCACCCAAAGCGAGAUAUACAACGGCGAGACGUACGACGCCAGAUUAAGAGACCCAGCCAAAGCAUCGGAAGUUCAAUGGGCUCGAGUCCAGAUCGGAGCUCACCCCGGCUCGAGGCUCGUGAGCCCCGAAGCUCCGCCUGUGCGUGUCACGGAGAAAAUCGCGACGGUGGACAUUAUCAAAAGCCCAACGGGCCGAACGAUUCUGGAUUUCGGCCAGAACAUUGUUGGCAAGAUUUGUGUCAACCACCUGAACAAGCCUGAGGGGCAUGAGGUGCGUUUUGCCCACGCCGAGGUCUUGGAGAACGGCGAGCUAUGCCGGCGACCACUGCGCUUCGCAGCAUCAGAAGCAGUGCUCAUCUCUCGCGGCGACCUGAUUGAGGGAUGGAGUCCUCUUUUCUCGUUCCACGGUUUUCGUUACGUUCAGGUCGAUGGAUGGUCAGUCGACGACAUGGACGGGCCCCUCACUAAGGAUUCAGUCACGGCGCUGGUCAUGCACUCGGAUAUGCGCCGGACGGAGUGGUUCGAAAGCUCCCAUCCGCUCCUCAAUAAACUCCAUGAGAACGCCGUCUGGAGCAUGCGAGGAAACUUCCUGUCCAUCCCGACUGACUGCCCCCAACGAGACGAGCGACUUGGCUGGACGGGAGAUAUCCAAGUGUUCUCGCCCUCCGCCAACUUCCUGUACGACACGAAUAGUGUUCUGGGAGGUUGGAUGGCGGAUGUUAUGGCAGAGCAAGCCGCGAAUGGCGACGGCGUUCCCCCCUUCGUCGUACCCAACGUCAUCGGUCGCGAUGACGAGACCGUCCAGGACGAGUGGUGGCCCCAUCUACCCAAUGCCGUCUGGGAUGAUGUCGUUGUCGUCGUUCCCUGGGAGCUGUACCGCGCCUCUGGCGACACCGCCAUACUAGAGCGGCAUUAUGACAGCAUGCAAGCCUGGGUAGACCGAGGCAUCAUCCGCGGGGCCGACUCGCUAUGGGACGAGGACGUUUGGCAACUGGGCGACUGGCUGGACCCGGCAGCGCCGCCUAGUGAGCCCGGGAUGGGCAAGACAGACGGCGUCCUCGUGGCAGACGCCUACCUGAUCCGCGUGACCGGCAUCCUAGCCGAAGUCGCCGCGAUCCUGGGAGGCGCCUCCGACUCGGCGCGCUACGCCAGCCAGCGCGUUACGCUCAUUGAGACAUUCCAGCACAAAUACAUUACUUCACGCGGCCUGAUGGCUUCAGAUACACAGACGGCAUACGCCCUCGCUAUCACUAAUGGCUUGAUAAAAUCGCCAACGCAACGAUCCACCGUCACGGCGCGCCUCAUCCGCUCCGUUCGCCAAGCCCAGUUCCGAGUCUCUACAGGCUUCGCGGGCACGCCCAUCAUCCUUCACGCCCUAUCCACGAUCGGCCAUCACCAGUACGCGUACCGUAUGUUGUUCGAGAAGCAGUGCCCUAGCUGGAUGUACCCCGUCGUCAUGGGCGCCACGACCAUCUGGGAGCGCUGGGAUAGCAUGCUUCAUGACGGCUCGAUCAAUCCGGGCGACAUGACGUCCUUCAACCACUGUUCCCUCGGUUCCGUCGUCAACUGGCUGCACGAGGUCGUGGCCGGGCUCAAAGCCAAGGUGCCCGGGUGGAAGCAGAUCGAGGUCCGUCCCGUGCCAGGCGGGCCUCUGACGCACGCCAGCGCGAGACACAUUAGCCCUUACGGCGAGGUGGAGAGUUCUUGGAAGAUUUCGGGCGGGCGGUUCGUGCUGAGGUUGACGGUGCCUCCGAACUGCACGGCGUACGUGGUGUUGCCUGACAAGCAUCGAUCUUAUGUGACCGGUCAGGACGAUGAGGGCGUCUGGGUCGGAUCGGGGAGGCACAAUUUCAGCUGUGGGUGGGAGGACCUGGGUGAUUGGCCGUUGGAGGCGCAACGGCCGCCGUUCUGGCCACAGCCGCUGGCCGAGGCAGUCUGA